GUCGGCAGGGCCGCUUCAGCCCUCGGAGUAGGAAGCUUGGGCGCUCGGGCUGUGAGGAGCCGCGGCGGGGGCAACAUGGAGCCCUUCGCCAACGAUCGGCUGCAGCUCCCCAGGAAUAUGAUUGAAAACAGCAUGUUUGAGGAAGAACCAGAUGUGGUGGAUUUAGCCAAAGAACCUUGUUUACAUCCUCUAGAACCCGAUGAGGUGGAGUAUGAGCCGCGGGGGUCCCGCCUGCUGGUACGGGGUCUUGGUGAGCAUGAGAUGGACGAGGAGGAAGAGGACUAUGAGUCAUCUGCAAAGCUGCUGGGCAUGUCCUUCAUGAACAGGAGCUCAGGCCUCCGGAACAGCGCGGCUGGCUACAGGCAGAGCCCGGAUGGGGCUUGUUCGGUGCCCUCUGCAAGGACCAUGGUGGUCUGUGCUUUUGUCAUUGUGGUGGCUGUUUCUGUAAUCAUGGUGAUUUACCUGCUGCCCAGGUGUACCUUUACCAAAGAAGGCUGCCAUAAGAAAAACCAGUCCAUGGGACUAAUUCAGCCUAUUGCCACAAAUGGAAAGCUGUUUCCGUGGGCACAGAUGAGGCUUCCCACGGCCGUUAUCCCGCUACGCUAUGAACUUAACCUACAUCCAAACCUAACCUCCAUGACAUUCAGGGGCUCGGUGACAAUUUCAAUUCAGGCUAUUCAGGCCACAUGGAACAUCAUUCUUCAUAGCACAGGCCAUAAUAUUUCAAGAGUGACCUUUAUGUCCACGGUUUCAAGCCAAGAAAAGCAAGUUGAGAUCCUGGAGUAUCCAUUUCAUGAACAGAUUGCCAUUGUGGCCCCGGAAGCCCUCCUUGAGGGGCACAAUUACAGCUUGAGGAUAGAAUAUUCGGCAAACAUUUCCCGCUCCUACUACGGGUUUUACGGCAUCACCUACACAGAUGAGAAUCGUGAGAAAAAGUACUUCGCAGCAACUCAGUUUGAACCUCUGGCAGCAAGAUCUGCUUUUCCCUGUUUUGAUGAACCAGCAUUUAAAGCCACAUUUAUCAUCAGGAUCGUAAGGGAUGCACAAUACACUGCUUUAUCAAAUAUGCCUAAGAAGUCAUCAGUGCUCGUGGAAGACGGACUUGUUCAGGACGAGUUUGCUGAGAGUGUGAAGAUGAGCACCUACCUGGUUGCCUUCGUUGUGGGCGAGAUGAAGAACCUGAGUCAGGACAUGAAUGGAACCCUGGUUUCUGUGUAUGCAGUACCAGAAAAGAUUGGUCAAGUUCACCAUGCCUUGGAAACAACUGUGAAACUGCUUGAGUUUUAUCAAAACUACUUUGAAAUUCAGUACCCACUUAAGAAAUUGGAUUUGGUGGCUAUUCCUGACUUUGAAGCAGGAGCAAUGGAAAAUUGGGGUUUGCUCACCUUCCGAGAAGAGACACUUCUGUAUGACAACAAUACUUCUUCAGUGGCAGACAGAAAACUGGUCACUAAAAUCAUCGCUCAUGAGCUGGCCCAUCAGUGGUUUGGUAAUCUGGUGACAAUGCAGUGGUGGAAUGAUCUAUGGCUAAAUGAAGGUUUUGCCACCUUUAUGGAAUAUUUCUCUUUGGAAAAAAUAUUCAAAGAGCUCUCCAGUUAUGAAGAUUUCUUAGAUGCUCGAUUUAAAACCAUGAAGAAAGACUCCUUGAACGCAUCUCAUCCAAUAUCAUCAUCUGUUCAGUCUUCAGAACAAAUAGAAGAAAUGUUUGAUUCCCUUUCCUAUUUUAAGGGAGCCUCUCUCUUGUUGAUGCUGAAGACGUACCUUAGUGAGCAUGUAUUUCAGCAUGUGAUUAUUCUUUACCUGCACAAUCACAGCUAUUCAUCCACCCAGAGUGACGAUCUGUGGGAUAGUUUUAAUGAGGUUACAAAUGGAACAUUAGAUGUAAAGAAAAUUAUGAAAACCUGGACCCUGCAGAAAGGAUUUCCAUUAGUAACUGUUCAAAGAAAAGAAAAGCAACUUUUUGUAAAGCAAGAGAGAUUCUUUUUAAAUAUGAAGCCUGAAAUUCAGCCUUCAGAUGCAAGCUACCUUUGGCAUAUUCCACUAUCCUAUGUUACGGAUAGAAGAAAUUAUUCGGAGUAUCAGUUGGUAUCGUUACUGGACGAGAAAUCAGGUGUCAUCAAUCUUACAGAAGAAGUGCAGUGGGUCAAAGUCAAUGCGAACAUGACUGGCUAUUACAUUGUGCACUAUGCGGAUGAUGACUGGGAAGCACUCAUCAAACAGCUGAAAGCAGAUCCUUAUGUUCUGAGUGACAAAGACCGAGCCAACCUCAUCAACAACAUUUUUGAACUUGCAGGCCUGGGCAAGGUGCCUCUUAGGAAGGCAUUCGAUUUGAUUGAUUAUCUUGGAAAUGAGAACCAUACUGCACCCAUCACGGAAGCUCUGUUCCAGACAGGCCUCAUCUAUAACCUCCUUGAAAAACUGGGGCACAUGGAUCUGGCCUCAAGACUGGUGAGCAGAGUAUUUAAAUUGCUUCAAAACCAAAUCCAACAGCAAACUUGGACAGAUGAGGGCACCCCAUCCAUGCGAGAACUUCGGUCAGUCUUGCUAGAAUUUGCUUGUGCCCACAACCUGGAGAACUGCAGUGCCACGGCCAUGAAGCUGUUUGACAGUUGGGUGGCAUCCAAUGGAACUGAGAGCCUGCCUGCUGAUGUCAUGACCACUGUGUUCAAAGUGGGAGCGCAGACGGACAAAGGCUGGACGUUCCUGUUGAGCAAGUACGUCUCCGUGGGCUCUGAAGCAGAGAAGAACAAAAUCCUGGAAGCUCUUGCCAGCUCAGAGGAUGUGCGGAGACUUUACUGGUUGAUGAAGACUAGCCUUGAUGGAGAUAUCAUCCGAACACAAAAGCUGUCGUUUAUCAUCCGAACAGUGGGCCGGCAUUUUCCUGGACACUUGUUGGCGUGGGAUUUUGUCAAAGAGAACUGGAAUGAGCUUGUUCAGAAGUUCCACCUGGGCUCCUAUACCAUACAAAGUAUUGUUGCGGGAUCAACUCACCUGUUUUCAACAAAGGCCCAUUUGUCUGAGGUGCAGGCAUUCUUUGAGAAUCAGUCGGAGGCAACUUUCCAGCUCCGUUGUGUCCGGGAGGCUUUGGAGAUCAUCCAGCUGAACAUCCAGUGGGUGAAGAAGAACCUCCAGACUCUGCGGUGGUGGCUGUAGCAUGCGCAGCCCCUCAUUUUGUCACCCGUUUGGAGAGCUUGUGAACUUGGGCUCUGCUGCUUUUGCAAAAGCCACGGUGAAGCCAGGCCCGCUGCCAAGUUGUUUGCACUGUUAGGAGUUGUAGUUAGCUCAGGGCCCGACUGUGUUUCUCAUCCGUCUUCUAAAGUGUCUUUGGGCAGUGUGUAGUUAUUUAUUACAAGUGUACGUUCACCUAUAUGCCAACUGUCUACAAAAAUGAUGAGUAAUUUUUCUACUUUGAAGAUACACAAAUGAGCGGGGAAACAUCAGUUUGGAAAUUCUGUUCUGUUUCUCAGUAUCCAGAAAGGUUCUGACGCAGUGAAACAAGAUCAAGUCUACCGUUAAGAGCCACCAUCUUUGCGGGCCGCUGGCGCCUCAGCCGUCUGCCACUUCUUGUUGGUAGAUGUUACUGGGCUGUGGCACCGAGUUAGCCUCCAAGAGUGGUAACCGAGACAAGGAAGCCUGCAGCUGUCCAGAACCCAUCUCAGGUGUGCAGAUCUACUUUGAUUUGGAGUUCUGAUUAAUCUUUUGUUUUCUGAAGAAGUUUAAUAUCUAUAACUAUUGCUUUUUUUCUGCACAAUAGCCAGGUGCUACAGAAUUUUUAAACUUUUGUUGUACUGAAAAGCUAAAUAACAAGGCCAAAAGGUUAAAUUUUCCAAAUAGUGAACACUGUUUUUCCCAUCUUUUGUAGCAUUACCACAGGGAAUUGUUCCAAAACGAGUUGGCUUUCAUCGUAAUUAUUUUAUUCGUGAAUGCCAAUAUUUCCCAAGUCCAUACCUCUGUCUCACUCCCUGCCAUAGACAUGCCUUAUGUUAUAGGUGAGUCUUUCUACAUUUGUGGCAAGCAUUUUGUCAACACUGGUCUUGUUCAUCAUAACUUUGAUCACGGUCACCAAGAAUGCAGUUUGUUGAAGUUGCCUUUUGUCAUCCCUGAUCAUUGAAUCAUGUGCAUGUGUGCACUUUUAUGUUUUGUGAUAAAGUAGCAUAUUGGAAGCAUAUUUUUAAACAGGGCCUUUGAGAAAUUGAAAAUUUUUAUUUGACGUUCACCAUAGUACCUUAAAGGAACAAAGAGAAGAUGGGAUAGGAGUACCUUGAAUUCGUAUUUCUCAUGUGGUGGGCUUUGAAUUUUUUCCAGUCUCAAAAAUAGUACUUUGCUUUAGUUAGAAAAAAAUCAGUUUUUCUUUUAUUGUGGCCAACUAACAUUAAAAGGAGUGGCCAAAGAAAGAAAAAAAAAAAUGAGGGAAAAUAUCCAAAACUCUGGCAUUUUACUCCUUCUGAAGGAGAAAUACUGUACUUGAAUUUUUGAGCUAUGCAGACUUAGACCUAGAUUGUUGUGUUUCUUUGAUUCUUAGGAGAAAAGCUUUCUUCCUAAUAAUUCUUGAGAAGUUUGUAUUUUGUUUGAAAACGGCUUCUAUGUACAUAGAAAGGAUAGUUGCCCAUUUGUGAGCACUUCAGCACUCCACAGAGUCAGACAUUGGGGGAGAGGUCACCUUUUUUUAUUCAGCAGGUAUAAAGUUAGAACUUGUGGGAUUAUGUAUAAAAUUAUAUUUUAUUUUAUUAAGAUAUUUUUAUAUAACAGAAUUUAAAAGGCUGGCAAGCUCUAAAAGAUAGCCUUCUAGUAAGCCUGGUGUGUUUUCCCGAGUUGGUCUUUUCCAAGCACUCAUCUCUGUGUUGCACAGCAGAAACCACAUCCUGGCAAUCACAGCACUGUCUAGAGGUGUCUCACUGAAACUGAGGUGUUUGUAGGGCUUUAUUCCUCUUGUGCUUGGGAAAACGAAUGAUACUUUUAGUCACUAUUGAAAAUUAGUUUUUGUAUUUUCAAAAUGAGGGGAAAAAAUCUACUUUUGAAGGUUUUUUGGUUGCUGAUUUUUUACCACAUUAUAUUACUAAAUUCCACUUUGAUACAGAGUUUAAAUUUUGCUACUUCUCAAAAUCAGUUCUACCUGCCAUUCUUGACAUUGCUUCUGAAAUGUAUGUGAACUCUGCAUAUGGCAAAUCUUGUCUUGGUCUUAUAUCAUUUUUGUCCUGUGAAUGUGUACGUGUGGCAUGAGGUGGGGGCAUUGCUCUAAGAUCAAAUCGUAGGUUGAAGAGAGGUAGCUCAUGAUCCAUCACCGUCUCCAUACUCACAGGCUGUUCGUUCCCAUGAUAUCAGUUCCAUAACGUGUGUGGUUUUAUUUGUAGCCUUCACCUCAGUUAUUUGUAAUUUGAACAGGCUUCAUAUCAGUUUUUCCCACAGAAUUCCAUCAUUUUUUAAUGUUAUGCUAACAUCAUUUUUAAUGUUAUGCUAACCCAUCUGCAUGGAACGUCUUAGGACUAACCCUGAGUCAGGAGUUCAAGGUUGAAGAAGAGGCAGCACUGCCGUGUACUGAGUGUAAUGGUGAUUCUCCAAGUCCCUCCCCUGACCACCCCACCCCCACUCCCAGCCCCGCCCCAACGUUAUAUAGCCACGUGUUGGGAGAACCCAGGCUGCAGCACAAGAGACCUGGGCUGCCAUUUCAGGGGAGCACAGAGAUUCGUGACUGUUGACCACUUGCUGAAGAGGUGUUCUGCUCAUUGCAGGGAGACAUUCGGCACAGCUGUAAUAUAAAAGCACAUCGUACUAGAUUACUACUAGGGAAGAUAGAAUGGGAAACCUAGAGUUCUGGAAGAAAAAUGAUGGUUACGAAAGUAGAAAUUGGAGAAGUCCAGCUUGUUCUCCUAAUGUGAAGUGAUUAGAUCUGUUCAUCUCCAAGGAGUGUGAGCUUCCACCCCGUUUGCCUUCUUCCAUCUUGUUCUGUUUCAGUCUCUUUCAGUGAAAUUGUGUUUCGUUGUUUCUGUGUGCAUACAUUUUGUUAGUAUGUCAGCCUCCACUUAACUGUAGUUUUCUUUGCCUACGCAUUCUCACUGUGUGGGUCUGAAGGAACAGAGAACUGUCAGAAGAGUGGUGGGCACACUGUAGCUGGAGCUGUCAGUGUUACCAGGUGCCAGAGUCCUCUCUGAAUAUUGACAACAAAUGAAAGUUAAGAGCUGAGUGUUUUGGAGAGCCUGUUACUGGGUUGGAUUUUAAGAGUCCAAACUGAAGCAUGAGAUUGCUGGACACUCACCUAAACCCUGUCUGUGCUGUGGGCUGCAGGGAAGGUCUGUGUGUCUCGGGUGUCACCACCAAGGAGACAAAGGAGUCGCAAAACCAGAUGUGGUCUAUCCAAGCUUUGAGGUCAUCACAGCAAUGUAGCUCUUCCCAACUUUGCCUCUGUGACUUGUUUUUAUUGGAAUUAACUUUCUUAAAGAGUUUCCUCUCCAGCCCCAAUCCACCCCCAACUGCAUCUCCUUCCCCAGUUUCUAUUUUAUAAAACAAAGGCAUGUAUGUCUGCUGGACUUUGCAUCCAUUUACUCUGUGUCUGCCACGUGGAAGGUGGAGGUCCAAAUGGAUGGUGUGAUCCCUCUGCCUCUCCCUUUUCCUUAUUGCUCCCAUGGACAAUAGCUAGUAGAAUCGUUGAUUGAUGUCUCUGGGUGGUUUUGGGGGAAUUUGUAACUUUAAGAUAUACAUAUGUGCUUUUUAUGUUUUUAUAUUUUACAUGUGAAUGUCCUGAUGAAAAUGAUGUGGUAUCCUAUGAAAACCUCUCCUUUCCACCCCAUAUUGCCCGCGUAGUCGACAGCUACAGAGCAGUUCCUUGGGGGCCUGUUCUGGAAGGGGAAGAUGGUGUCGGGGGAUAGCAGGGUAUGUUCUUUUGAAAAUGUGUCCAGAGGUUUUGCUGCUGUAUUGUAAGUGCUGUUUCUUUUUGUACUCCGUCAUCCAGGAGGUCCAGAAGUGUGGCAGCUGUCCCAACAACCUUUCUCCUCCUUCCUGCACGAGCAGGAAUGGCAGUGUAGCCAUAGUGGCUGUUGUUCUUAAUCUAGACUUGGGGCCAUCCCUCCAAGGAUAUGUACAUGACAUGCUGCUUUCUUAUGUUCCCGUGUAUACUUGUUUCUUGCACGGAUGCUUGUGUGUGUGUGUGUGUGUGUAUCCUUUCUCUUCUUGCCUCUUUUGCAGCACCUGCUAGCGUAGUUUGCUUCUGGGUAUGGGAGAGCGCGAGGCUUGGACUUAACGAGUAUAAAUACACUUGCUCCUACAGUGUGUUACUGACUCAUGGUACUGUGUUGUCAUCUGGGCCUGGCAGUACCUGAUGGAAGAAAUGUGGAGCCUCCUCUUGUACCCAUCCUGGGUUGCCUGUUGCACAGUAGCAAAUAGGGUAGUUGUCACGGUAGGGUACUUACGAGGAGGGAGGAGUUGGGAUGAGGGGAGGCAGGGACAGGUACUUAGUGUAUAUAUGUAUAUAUUUUGACGACCAUCGUGUAUUAAGUCGUUGGGUGCCCAGCUUAGAAGGGACCUGAUGAACUGUGGAGUUCCGGAUGUAUAACAAUCUCCUCCUUCCCCUCUCCCUUAUUGCCCAUGUGGGCGAUAUCUUUGGAGUAGUUCCGAUUUUUUUUUGUUAAAGAUGCUUUUGCUAAGGGUGGGUGGGCAGUGGUUUCAGGGUGAGGGUGUGUACUUUUAAAAUGUGUAUCACUGUUUUUGCUGCCUUUUUUGGGUCAUUUUAUCUCCUACAUGCAUUGCAUGGAUGUGUGAAGAUCAUCAGGCUCCUCCCGUCCCAGGUGUUGGCGGUGUGGUUGAGGCCUGGUAUUGCAGUUGCUGGUUGGUUUCUGGGGUUGGUGGGUGUGUGUGUGUGUUGGGUGUGUGUGUGUGUGUGUGUGUGUGUGGCUGCUGCUGCUGCUUCAGUACUUCAUUGGGUCCCUGGUAAGCACAAAGUUCUGGAUGAAUAACUAUCUCCUCUCCUUUCUCUUUUUUAUCCAAAUGGGCAAUAACUGUAAAGUAGCUUAGAUUUUUUUGAAGUUUUUUUGGGGGUGGGAGGGACCUAAGGACGAUGUAUAUAUACUUUUUUAAACAAGUGUACAGUUGCUGUUACUAUUGUAUUACUUCAUUUUGUACCCAGUCCUUCUCAUGGAGGUUCAGGUACUUAAUGAAACGUGAGGUCCGGAUGUAUGAAAAUCUCCUCUUUCCCCUUUCCUUAUUGCCUCUGGGGGCAAUCACUGUAGAGUAGUUAGGAUUAGUUUUUUCACUCUACACUCACCCACAGGAUGGUGGGGGUAUGUAUUUUAAGAAGCGUAUAUAAGUGUUUUUGCUCUUUUGUGUGUGUGUCUGCUUCAUUUUGUACCUAGAGUUUUCUGUGGAUACUUAGGUACAUAAUGAAAAUUGAGGUUCAUUCUAUGAAAAAAAUCUCCCCUGCCCCCUUCCCUUGUUGCCCAUCUGGGCAAUAGCUAGUAAAGUAGUUGUUUCAGUUUGGGGUGGGGAGGGGGGAUAGCUUGGCUUGUAAUUUUUUUUAAUGUAUAUAAAAGUUUGCUGGUUUUAUUUUCUUUUCAUUCUCAACCUGGUUUUUUGUUUGGACUUAGAGGUGUCAAAUGUAGUGGGAGGUCCAGACCCAGAAGUGUAGUGAAUUUUGUUUCUGUGUGCAUAGGCUGCCGUGUGCAAGGCCCACGCUGUGCUCAGGUUUGCUUUUGGUUGGGGGUUUCUAAUGGGCGAUGGGCUUCUUAGAGUAAAAGGCCAAACAUGAGUUUUUGAUGUGUAUAUAUUUUCGCCCAUUGUUGGUGUUAGCUCCAUUAUGAAUUUGUUCUUUUGUGUGAUUAUUUAGGUACUUAAUGAAGUUGAGAUUGACUCUAUGAAAAAUCUCCCAUGCUCCCCACCCCUUGUUGCCCAGUGGGCAAUAGUAGAGUAGAUGUUUGGUUUUGGGGGGUGGGGGUCUGGGUGUGUAUAUGUAUUUCUAAUGUAUAUACGUAUUUGCUAUAUUCUCUGUGCAGACUCCUAAUGAACAUGGAGGUCCAGACGUAUGAUAACUCUCCUCUGCUCCCCUUCCCUUGUUGCCUCAGGGGCAACCAUUUUAUAACGUGGGCUUGUUUGUGGGAGGGAGGGAA